AUGGGCCAACUCUCACAUCCAUACAUGGCUACUGGAAAAACUAUAGCUUUGACUAUACGGAUCUUUGUCAGCAAAGUAAUGUCUUUGCUUUUUAAUAUGCUGUCUAGGUUUGUCAUAUCUUUUCUUCCAAGGAGCAAGAGUCUUUUAUUUUUUUUUUUUUUUGAGCAAGAGUCUUUUAAUUUCAUGACUGUAGUCCACAGUAAUUUUGGAGCCCAAGAAAAAUUCUGUCACUGUUUCCAUUUUUUCCCAUCUGUUUUCCAUGAAGUGAUGGGACUCGAUGCCUUGAUUUUAGUUUCUUGA